UAUUUUCCUUUUGCAAAUAAAAGACGUAAACCCUAAACAUACAUUUUCCUUUUAGCUGCCUCCUUCUGCCUCUUAAUUUAUUUUUCAGCACUGUCUUCUUCUACUUCAUCAGUCAUGGAGCAACCACAACCCCUUGUAGACCAAAAUUUUCCACUCUUUAAACCAUCUCGCAAACCUUCCAUUAACCCUACACUCCCCAUUUCCAAUAAACCUCAAAACGACGUCGUUACACACGAAACCCUUAAUUCAAACCCCGAAAACACCACCGCUACAUUCUCCGAUCUCGGCCUCUCCGAAUGGGCGGUAAAAACCUGCAAAGAACUCGGAAUGAAAACUCCACGGCGCGUGCAGCAACACUGCAUCCCUCAGAUUCUAGCUGGCCGUCAUGUAAUCGGAAUCGACCAAACUGGAAGCGGUAAAACAGCGGCAUUUGCGCUUCCGAUUCUGCAGCGGCUUGCUGAACAUACGUUUGGUGUGUUUGCGCUUGUGGUGACGCCCACGCGCGAGCUUGCGUUUCAGUUGGCGGAGCAGUUUAGGGCGCUUGGUUCGUCGCUUCGGCUUCGGAUUGCGGUGGUUGUUGGUGGUAUGGAUAUGCUUAGACAGACUAAAGAGUUGGUUGCUAGGCCGCAUCUUGUUAUUGCUACUCCUGGGAGGAUUAAGGUUUUGCUUAAGGAUAAUCCUGAAAUUGCUCCGGUUUUCGCCAGGACUAAGUUUCUUGUCUUGGAUGAAGCAGAUCGAGUCCUGGAUGUUGGUUUUCAGGAUGAAUUGAAAUUUAUAUUUCAGUGCUUACCAGAAAACCGGCAAAACCUAUUCUUUUCUGCAACAACAACUAGUAAUUUGCAAAAGUUGCGUGAGCGUUAUCAAGAUAAGUUGUAUGCCUUUGAAGCUUAUGAAGGGUUUAAGACGGUUGAGAACCUUAAGCAACAGGUUGUAUUCAUCCCUAAAAAUGUGAAGGAUGUAUAUUUGUUGCAUAUCUUGUCUAAAAUGGAAGAUAUGGGUAUUAGGUCUGCCAUCGUCUUUGUCUCUACAUGCAGAGAUUGCCAUCGUUUAAAUUUAAUGCUGGAAGUGCUUGAUCAAGAAGCUGCAGCUUUAUAUUCAUUCAGAUCACAGGCUCAGAGGCUUGAAGCACUUCAUGACUUUAAAUCGGGAAAGGUUCCUGUAUUACUAGCAACUGAUGUUGCUGGCCGUGGUCUGGAUAUACCUACAGUUGACCUUGUUAUCAAUUAUGAUGUUCCAAGGUUUCCAAGAGAUUAUAUCCAUCGUGUUGGUCGUACUGCAAGAGCAGGUAGAGGGGGACUCGCUUUGAGCCUUGUUACCCAGAAUGAUGUUGAUCUCAUUCGGGAAAUAGAGACCCUUAUUGAAAGGCAACUUGAAAUGAUUGAAUACAAAGAAAAUGAGGUCCUUUCUCUCAUGAAAAAGGUUUUCAGUGCUAAGAAUGUUGCAAAAAUGAAGAUGAUGGAUGAUGGGUUUGAAGAGAAAGCGAAAGAGCGGAAAAAACAGAAACUGAAAAUGCUAGAAGAGAAAGGAUUAUUGAAGCAAAGAAGUAAGAGAAAAAGAAAUAAAGAAUUUCCAAAGGGAAAUAAACAGGAAAAAGUGGAAUUGGAUGCAUCAGUAGAUUUAACAUCACUAAAGAAAAGGAGUAAAAAGAGAGAAUAAGUUGUUAUAUCUAGGAUCUAGUACCUAACAUGAUUGUUUCUCUAAACACGAAAAGAAUUUGAAGAUUGUUGCUCCAAAAAUCAAGGAUAUCAGACAAGGUGAGAUGUAUUAUUUUUUUGGUGGUGAAAGGCGAGAUAUAUUAAAGUGGACUGAGAGGAGCAAAGUCCAUAGUAAUGUUUCACACAUUUUUGUAUCACAUCUUCUAUUGAUGUGCGAUUUUGGGUAUCGCAAGAUAUACUAACAUUAUAUCUUAGGAGUUGAGUACAUUGUAAUAGUCAACCGGCGACAAGCAGUACAGAUUUUGACUUGGUAAAUUAUUAGCAUUGUUUUCCUCUUAUAAUGUUUAGGUUUUUAUGUGGUUUCCAUUGUAUUAUUAUUAGUAGCCGAAAGAUUAGCACUUACGUGCAUCUUUCCUUUUUCA